CUAGUCAGUUAUUUUUUGAAUUUUUUGAAUUUGUGAGCUUCAGAGCUCUUCAACCGCUCUUUAUUGCAGUGUAAUGCAAAAACGUAUUGAACUUGGUGCCAGAGCUAAUAACAAAUCGGGAAGUUUUAAUUAGUGUUAUGAAUAAAGAAAGUAAGAAAAAAAAGGUAUAAGCUAUUUGUACAAAAAUUACCUUAUAAAAAAUCGAAUUGUUCGAAGCAAAUGUCCAAUACGUGAGCAUUGGAAACAAUUUAAUAGACCUGAUAAGGAACUUUCAUUUUCGAAAAGUAUAUAUUAGUUUUGAAAGCAGAUUAGGAGACGGGACAUCUAUUAUGCUCGCUAAGCUUACUAACGAAUUUGCUGAUAAAAUAUCAAAUAUAUGUUUUAAUUAAAUUAGCUACAACCAUUUAUUAAGGUGGCUCAUAUAGGAAAAACUCAUUUUUUAAAGAAAAUUUGAUUUUUUUAUUUAUCAUUCAAGUUUAUCAUUUGAUACAAAAUUUAUCAUUUUUCUAGAAAAUUUUGCACAAUUUACUCACUACUAUUAAUUUAGUUUAACUUUUCAUUAUUGAUGUCUAGUAAACAGAAUUUCGUAAGAAAGAAAAAAUUCAAGUUUAAAGGAAAUCGGUUUAACAAGUUGAGCAAGUUUUUCUAUCUGAAAAAUAAAAACUUUAUAAACAACUCAUAAAAUGAACGUAUCAUUUAACGUGUCACUUGGCUUAUUGAAUUUUACUAAUACAAACUCUCUCCAAAAUCACCGUGAUGUCUUUUCAUAUGAAGAAAAUUUGGCCGUUCGCAUAUGCUACACUAUUGUUACAUGUAUAGAUUUAUUUAGUUUAGAAAUAUGGCUUGAUACUUUUUUGGUGGCAGUUUGUUGGAAAGAAAAGGGUUUAAUAGCAAAUAGCUUUGUUGCUUACCUUAUUAUUUGUGAUGGUAAACUUAGAACUGUUAUCAAUUUGCUUGUUUUGAAUCUUGCAAUCGCAGACAUAAUUGCUUGCUUAAGCAUCUACCCUUUUAUAUAUAUUAACCUAGCUGAGACUAGAAUACGAGGAACUACAGCUAAUGUUUUAUGUGGUUUUACGGAUGGCUUGUUUGGUUUCUUUGUUGCAGCCGCUGUUUCAUUAAUAACUUUAAGUAUGCUUUCUAUCAUUAGAUAUUUUGGUAUAAACCACCCAUAUAAUCAAAGAUGGACACUUCAAUAUAACCAUAUGAAAUGGGUCUUUGGAUUAAUUUGGGUAUUUAGUUUGGCACUUGUUUUACCUAACCUUAUUUCAUUUAAGUACGACGAGUAUUUCAGGCUAUGCGUAAGAAAUUGGGCGGUUGGUGUUAAUCCACUAAUUUAUUUUAUUUUUACAAUCAUUUUAGGAGUGCUUUUGCCUUUAUCUUCUCUAUUGUUUACAUAUUUUACAAGUUUUUAUACACUUUUUCUCAAAGAUUGUUUUAAUAAUAACUUAGUUGUAUCAGAAAGAAAUAAUGUAAUUAAAAAAAGAGCCCUCAAAUGGUUAGGAGUUCUUGUGUUAACUUAUAUUAUUUGCUGGUUACCUUUUAUUCUAUAUUGGUUUUUAUCCGUAGUCAUUGGUAAGUACUCAGUAAGUAAUUACGAAGAUGUAAGAAAGGGCGUUCGUCUUGCAAGAUUAACAUUAUUUUUUGCUGCAUCAAAUACUGUAUUUAAUCCGAUAGUCUACGCAUUUAAAAGUAAAAAGUUAAGAUCUGCUUUCAAAUCAUUAUUUGGAUUGCACGUUCGUGAUGUAACUAAUUCAACAUCAAGAAGAGUUUUAACUCAAUCAAUUUCUAGCAUUACAAUAACUACAACAAUUUAGCGUCCGUAUCUUCUAAAUGUUUGUUAGUUUUUUGAUAAUUCAUCGGUAGUUGUAAAUGUACCAUUGGUAAUUCACAAACUCUAUUUUGAAAAACUAAUAAAAAUAAUAAUAUGCGUACUUAACAAAACUUUUUGCAAGAAUAUCAAAGCUUUAAAAAUUUUGGCUGUUUUAAUUUGAACUUAUUGU